CUCAUGACGCCACUUCCCCGCUAAAGGAGGCGCCGCAGCGCGCUAAUGCAGACCGCCCGGCCGCCCUGCACAACCGGACCGCCGGCCUUCAUUCCUCCGCUAGCAGCGCGCUGAUCCGGGGGUUCGGGCUUUUUACCGGGAGCGAGGCGAUACUGACCCGCGUGCAGAAUGAUGAAGAACGGGCACCAUCAGGCGGGGAAGCCCGGGGAGGACGCGGAGGCGAGCCCGGUCGCGGUCGCCUGCAGCCCGGAGAAGAGGCGGAGGAUCGUCCGCGUGUGGUGUGAUGGAUGCUACGACAUGGUGCAUUAUGGACAUUCCAACCAGCUACGACAAGCCAAGGCUAUGGGGGAUUACCUUAUUGUAGGAGUGCAUACAGACGAAGAGAUCUCAAAGCACAAAGGCCCCCCGGUCUUCACACAGGCUGAGCGCUAUAAGAUGGUGCGGGCCAUCAAGUGGGUGGAUGAGAUAGUGGAGGGCGCCCCCUACGUCACCACCCUGGAAACUCUGGACAAGUAUACCUCUGACUUCUGCGUACACGGAGAUGACAUCACUCUGACCGUGGAUGGGAAGGACACAUAUGAAGAGGUGAAAAAGUCAGGCAGAUACAGGGAGUGUAAGAGAACUCAGGGCGUGUCCACCACAGACCUGGUCGGCCGGAUGCUCCUAAUGACCAAAGCUCAUCACAGCAACAUAGGCAAUUCAGAAUAUCAGCAACACACAGACAACUUUGGGAGGGGGCCGAAGGGACACAGUCCGUGGACGGGGGUGUCUCAGUUUCUGCAGACCUCUCAAAAAAUCAUCCAGUUCGCCUCGGGGAAAGAGCCGCAGCCUGGAGAUACCAUCAUAUACGUGGCUGGAGCCUUCGACCUCUUCCAUAUUGGUCAUGUGGAUUUCUUGGAGGCGGUGUACAAGCUCUCUGAUAAGCCAUAUGUAAUUGUUGGGCUACAUUUUGAUCAGGAGGUGAAUCGGUACAAAGGGAAGAAUUAUCCCAUCAUGAAUGUCCACGAAAGAACACUCAGUGUUCUGGCCUGUAGGUAUGUCUCAGAGGUGGUGAUUGGAGCGCCGUACACUGUUUCAAAAGAUUUGCUGGAUCAUUUCAAGGUGGAUCUUGUUUGUCAUGGGAAGACUGAGGUGUUUCCAGACAGAGAUGGAUCAGACCCAUAUACUGUACCCAGGAGGAAAGGGAUUCUGCGGAUCGUGGACAGCGGGAACAGCCUCACCACUGACGACAUCGUACAGAGGAUCAUCAAAAACAGGCUUCUGUUCCAGGCCAGGAACCAGAAGAAGGAGGCUAAAGAGAUGGCGGUGAUUCAGGCUAUGAAGCGUCGAGAGGAGGAGAAGGCUAAAGAGAGAGCGCAGGCGGUGCUGUAGCUCGACGCUCGCUAACGGGAGCUAACCACUGAUCUGAGACUGUCGGGAAAAGAAAAACCUCAUGCAAGUCCUCUUCGCAGUUCACCUUUCUCUCCAACGUGUCCUUAAACACUCUCCGUGAUGCUGGAGCAAAAACCGCUACGAUACCGUACGCCAGAACCACCAGCAGCUGUGACCAACUAACCUUUAGCCCUGCCGAAUCCUGUGUAGCCUAGCCUAGCCUAGCCUAGCCUCGCUAGGGGUCCUGACCACAGGCUCUCCAUCUUUAUCAUUCAGUAGCGCCGUGAAUGUCGAUUAGGUCGUUAGCGACGAGUGCUAGCAAGCACUGUGCAUUGAUCAACUGAUCACACUGGGUUUUACAGCAACGCUUUACAGCUACGUUCAGACUGCCAGCAUGAAUCUGAUUUAUUAGAUUGUACCCAGAUACGUCAGCAAUCUGUACAGAUACCACAGCAACCUAUACACAGAUAGCACAGCAACCCAUACACAGAUAUCACAGAAACCUAACCAUACACAGAUACCACAGCAACCCAUACACAGAUACCACAUUAACCCAUACACAUAUACCACAUUAACCCAUACACAGAUAUCACAGCAACCCAACCAUACACAGAUACCACAGCAACCCAUACACAUAUACCACAUUAACCCAUACACAGAUAUCACAGCAACCCAACCAUACACAGAUACCACAUCAACCCAUACACAUAUACCACAUUAACCCAUACACAGAUAUCACAGAAACCUAACCAUACACAGAUACCACAUUAACCCAUACACAGAUACCACAUUAACCCAUACACAUAUACCACAUUAACCCAUACACAGAUAUCACAGCAACCCAACCAUACACAGAUACCACAGCAACCCAUACACAUAUACCACAUUAACCCAUACACAGAUAUCACAGCAACCCAACCAUACACAGAUACCACAUCAACCCAUACACAGAUACCACAUUAACCCAUACACAUAUACCACAUUAACCCAUACACAGAUAUCACAGCAACCCAACCAUACACAGAUACCACUGCAACCCAUACACAGAUACCACAUUAACCCAUACACAGAUACCACAUUAACCCAUACACAGAUACCACAUCAACCCAUACACAGAUACCACAUCAACCCAUACACAGAUACCACAUUAACCCAUACACAGAUAUCACAGCAACCCAACCAUACACAGAUACCACAGCAACCCAUACACAGAUACCACAUUAACCCAUACACAGAUAUCACAGAAACCCAACCAUACAGAUGCCACAGCAACCCAUGCAAAUACCACAGUAAAACCCGCAGAUACCACAGCAACCCAACCAUACACAGAUACCACAGCAACCCAUACACAGAUACCACAGCAACCCAUACAGAUAUGCAAAUCCGAUAUGAUCUCUUGCAAGUAAUAGUGUAGGCAGUCUCAACAUCUAAACAGAUCUGAUCCAAGAAACAAAUCUGAUUCGCCGGCAGUCUGAACGUAGACCAACGAGACUUAAGUGAAUUAUUGUCUUCUAGUCAGGUCUGUCAAUCAUCUCACUGGACUGAGUUAAUUAGAGAAAGGAAGAGAGUGAAGGAAAGGAGGAAUGGAGGACAGGAGGACUGUCCAUAGGGUUCGUCCACCUCAAGACCUCAGUCGCUCUCGCGGCUCUCAGGACUCCGGGAGUCGCUCUCGCGCACCGACGGCUACAGAUACAGCUCACACUCCGGACCUGUCCUCACACCACUUACCGUGAUUUUAUGUAUUGUGUAAAUAUGUAUUGUAUGUAACAUGACUGAUCUCUAUAUCUACAGUAUAUAUAACGAGUUAAAGGAGCGAUGCUGGUAGGACUUUUAUUCUGUGUAUGAACCUCUGUAACGAAGUUUAGAUUGUUAUUUAAAUGAGGAGAGUGCAUUUUAGAGUUAGUAGUGUCCAAUAACAUUUGAGGAAAUGACUUUUUAAUCACAGCUCUUCUAAUGGCACAAUGGACGUGAUGCCGGCGGGUCAGGGACGGGUCUCAGGAUGGCGCUGGUGUUAGCAUUGUCUUUAUCUGUCUUACUUAUUGAAAUGUCUCUACCAGAAGAUUCCUUUGCCUUUUCCCAGGUACUAAUGGCCUAAUGGUCUUAAUGGUCUUAAUGGUUUUACAGUUAAUUUCUCUAAAUUGCAUCAGAAUUACAUUUCACAAAACUGUUUGUCUCUUGUGCACAUUUUUAAAAAACGCCCAAUUUUCUCCCAAAUUUUGCUGAGCCAAUUAACCCAACCCCUAAACUAGGACCUCCCCUAUUAAUAGUGAUGUUUCUUAAGGCCAAUUUAUACUUCUGCGUCAAACACCAUACACCAUAGCAUAACCAAAAGUAUAAGCGCUAGCAGCUGCGUAGGGCGCUCGCACAGGAAAAUAAUGAACUAUAAUUAACAAUAAUGAAAAAAAUUAAUUAAUAAAAUGUUUGUUUAAAUUCUCCCUUGUCUCUCUGUCUGCCCGUUUUUGGUCUCCACAUCUCCUUGUUUUUUCCUGACCGUGUCCCAAUUCAUUAGCCGGGGCAGCGAUAGUGUAUUGGAGCGCGACCCUGACGACACGGGUUUGAUCUCUUUUUUUUUUUAUUCCUUUCUUCUUGGGUUUACCUGCUUUGAGACCAACUGUUCUACAAUUUGGUUCAACAACCCUCUGGGCUGGAGAGCUACUAGUCUGUAUUCACUAUAAAUGAAUAAAUGCUAGCAGCUGCGCCAUAAGCAAUGCGCUAACUCGAUGCAGAAGUAUAAAUGCUAGCAGCUGCGUAUGAUGUUUGCACAGGCUAAUAUGAACAAAAAAUCUGAAAUUACCCCUAAAAAGCAUAAAGUUAAAGGUGACACACACUGUUUUUUUUAGUUUUUUACCAUUUUAGAGCUAGAAACUAAAAGGAGUACCUUGCAAAAAGUAGGGGAACCUAAGCAGAUUCAAUUAAUCAACAGUUUUUACAGAGGUCUCAGACUUUAAAGGAGAAAUCUGGUGUGAAAUGGACUUGUUGUAUGUUAAAACACAAUAACAAGUACAAACUUUAGUCAAAUAGACCACCUCCGUUCACCCCGAGCUUUUCAAUAUACAGCGUUUAUUAAGGCCAAGUAUAACCUUUCCUAUUAAUAGUGAUGUUUCUUAAGGCCAAUUUAUACUUCUGCGUUAAACACCAUAGCAUAACCAAAAGUAUAAAUGCUAGCAACUGCGUAGGGCGCUCGCACAGGCUACACCAUAGACCAGGGGUCAGCAAUAGACGCGCUCGGGCCAGAUGUUGGCCGCAAGCAUAAAACAUCUGGCCCGUGAGGUUGUUUAAACUAUAAUAAACAAAAAUAAUGAAAAAAAAAAAAUUAUAAAAAGCUUCUCUGGCGAGCUUUUGUUUACAUGUCUCCCCUGUUCCACCUGUUCUUGGGCUCCCGAUCUCCUUAUAAGGGCGUUUGUUUUUUCCAGGCCCUGUCCCAAUUCACCAGCUGGGGCAGCGAUAGUGUAUUGGACCACGACCCUGACGGCACGGGUUCGAUCCUGCGUGAGGAGCGAUGUGUUUUUUGUUUUUGUUUUUUUUUUAAUUCCUUUCUUCUUGGGUUUACCUGCUUUGAGAUCAACUGUUUUACAAUUUGGUUCAACAACCCUCUGGGCUGGAGAGCUACUAGUCUGUAUAAAUGGAUAAAUGCUAGUAGCUGCGUAGGGCGCUCGCACAGGCUACGGCAUAAGCAAUGCGCUAACUUGAUGCAGGAGUAUAAAUUGGCCUUUACACUAUGAAGGUAAAGUCAGACUCCGCCUCUUUUUCAACUGCCACCAAACACAGGAAAGCGCUGCAUCCCCUGCUCUGAUACGUCAGAUAACAGAUGCCUGGGAAUAGAGGGUUCAUUUACAGUGGCAUGCAAAAUUUGAGCACCCCGGUCAAAAUACUGUUAUUAUAAACAAAAAAAGACGAAAUUAUCUCUAAAAAGCAUAAAGUUAAAGGUGAAACACACUGUUUUUUAGUUUUGUACCUUAUUGUUGUUAGUAAAGGCCAAGAGAUUCAGAUUUUAAAGCUUUUUAAUUACCCAGACUGCUCUAAUCAAUCAAACAGAUCUGUUGUUGGCUUUUCUACCCUGUUAAAUAUCAGUGUGUGAACAGGCUAAUCCUGAUAGCCCUGUUAAAGAUAAAGAGAUAAAAGGAGCUUCUGCCUGAAGAGUGUGUUCAUUAAACUGUCCCAUUAAACUUCUUUUAUGUCCUUGUAUAUAAAAAUAUUGUAAAAACUGAUUGUUCCAAUAUAUGAUUGUCAAUAACUUCAAAAA